AUGCGAAAUCAAAAUAAUGAAGAGUAUUUUACCUCACUGGUACAUAUAUUCAAUCCAAAAUCAGGUCAAUGGGAAAUACCUUCUAUUACUGGAAAAGAACCAGCGAGACGAAGAUUCAUACAAGCUGUUGCCGAUAAUUUUGGAAAUAUUUAUGUUUUUGGUGGACUUGCCGAUAAAUACGUAGGAAAUGAACUUAAUCAAUAUUUUAAUGAUAUGAUAAUUUUUAAUAAUAAUGGUUUGACGUGGUCUGAUAACCUCAUUGGAAAUGCUCCUUCAAAUCGAGCCAUUUAUACUGCAACAAUAUUACCAAACGAUGGGUUUGUACGAAAUCCCGAAGAUCAAAAUCCUGAAGGGUCAUAA